AUGACUGAUAGGUGCAUAAUUUUAGUUAGCAAUCUUCCACCUCAGACAACAGAGCAAACAAUCAAAGAUGCGUUUGUAAUAUUCGGAGAUCUUGCAGAUAUUAAAAUGAAAAUGGACCGCAACCAAGCAUUAAUCGAGUUCAAUUAUGAAUCAGAUGCUGAAGCAGCAAUUGAUAAUAUGGAUGGAGCUGAAAUUUACGGUCAGACCAUUUAUUGUACCUUUGCAACAAAAGGAAAUCUUGUCGAUAAAACAAAACCAGUUUGGGAUGGUAAUUUGAAUUGA